AUGACAACUCUUAAUGAACUCAUAGAUGCCCAAAAAGAAAAGGGCGAAGAGAUUCAGCGAAUCAUCAGGAACUUCAAAAAGGAUUCGGCUGAACGCAAGCAAACAUCAGCAUACUACAGUGAAAGAUUUCGUCGGCUUGAUGUUGCUUGGAAGCAGUUUGAACAAACUGACACAAUGCUCAGAACUCUCAUCGAUCAACCGACAGAUGAUGAGUAUUUUACAUCUUCCUAUUACGAGAAAAUAAGAGAACUAACAAAUGAAUACAGUGAAAUAUUCAAGACAGAAGCCAUUCGGAUCAAAGCAGCAGACAACUUUGGUGAAGCUGUUAGUAACCAAAUGGCAUCACAGCCGCAACUAGUGGCUACGACAAAUGGUUUGAUAAGAAAAAUAUCUGCUCGAAUGGCAGCUCUAAAAAGAUUAGUAGAGAGUUUGUCAGAGUGCGAAGGCAUACAACCACUUCAAUAUUACGAAAUUAAAUCAAACACAAUCAUGCAACAUUGGAACCAAUUGGAAUGUUUGCAUGAUGAAAUCUGGGAAAACUUUGAAAAUCCACUGAUGUCAGGAUUCAAUCAAGAUGAGUAUUACCAAAUUGAAGAUUUGGUACAACAAUGUUUGAUAGAGUUGUCCAUAAAAUUGGAUCAAUUACAACAGAAACAAGCAACAGUAGCAGAACCAAACAUGCGGUCCUCACUGCCAUUGCCAAAGGUAACAAUCCCAAGCUUUAAUGGGAAUUACUUAAAAUGGAGGCAAUUUUUUGACUUGUUUACACAAAUGGUAGACAAUCAGCCACUACCAGCUGCUCAAAAAAUGUGGUACUUGAAAUCACAUGUGACAGGUGAAGCUGAAAAAUUGAUAAGUCAUUUCAGCAUAACGGAGGACAAUUAUUUGGCAGCUUGGACAUUACUGCAAGACCGUUAUAAUAAUAAAAGGGUCUUGGCGUCCACAUUAAUCGAUGAACUUCUAAAUCAGCCAUCAGGCACAUCAACUGUGGCAGCAGUUAAAAAUUUACAUGACACAACGAAAGAGUGUCUAUUAGCACUAAACAAUCUUGGCGUUCAAACGACAUUUUGGGACCCAAUUUUGUUACAGGUACUAAUUAAAAAACUCGAACGGGCGAUGCUCAUUAGAUAUGAGCAAUCUCUGGCAAAACCAAAAGAGAUACAAAACAUUCAGGAGUUCUUAGCCUUUUUAGAACUACAGUUCCAACUGAUGGAAGUUGUAGAACAAAAAGAUAAGGUGGCUAUAAAAAUUAAAGCAAAUCGAAAUAAUUCAGUGUCAUCGGCUGUAACAGUUUCUAAAGGAAACAACAAUUGCAAACUGUGCAAUGUAGACAGGCACCCACUGUAUCAUUGCCGUAAAUUUUUGCAAUUUUCACCAUCUCAACGAUUGGAUUGGGUGAAAAAUCAACAGCUCUGUUUUAACUGUUUCAGAAAUGAUCAUGUGGUGAACAAAUGUUCAUCAAGAAGUUGUACCAAAUGUAAUAAAAAGCAUAACACGUUGCUACAUUUGGAAGUUACAAAACAGAACAUUCAACCUAGCUCAAGUGGGUACAACACCGCAGUUACCACAGCGACAGCAAACACAUCCACAGGUCAUCGUGAUUAUGUUCUCUUGCCAACUGCAAGAGUCAAAAUAAUUGCAUCUAAUGGAAAUACAAGUGAAGUCCGAGCAUUACUAGACUCUGGUUCGCAAGUGAACAUAGUCUCUGAGCGUCUUGUCAAAAGGCUCAAUAUAUCAAAAACAAAAUCGUUAUUGUGCAUAGAAGGUAUAGGAAAGGUGCAAAAAAAUUCAACGCAGCGAGUUAACAUCAAAUUGCAAUCACUUAACUCAAGGUUUACUACAGAAGUCGAAGCGUUUGUGCUUCCAAAUAUAGUUCCACCUCAACCAAGUUGCAGCUACGAUAUUUCCAAAUGGAAGGUCCCGAACAGCAUUCAGUUAGCAGAUCCAACAUUUUUCCAACAAGGGAAAAUUGAUAUUUUACUCGGUGCGGAGUUCUAUUUUAGUCUGUUAAAGAAAGGUAAAUUAACGCUUGCUCCUGGGCUUCCAGUCUUGCAAAAUUCUACACUUGGCUGGAUUGUCAGUGGCAAGGUUGCAUCAAAUACAGACAAAUCAAACGUUUUAUGUGUAGUUUUUGGCGGUGGGGCGGAGGUUGUUGAUAAUAACUCAUCGUUAGAAGAUGCAAUUGAACGAUUAUGGCGAAUGGAUGAGGUGAAUACAACAGAAAGGACAUUAUCUAAAGAAGAAAAAUUAUGCGAAUCUCAUUUUGUGCAGAACGUCCAUACAAAUAAAGAAGGACGUUUUGUGGUAAGGUUGCCGUUUCUGGAAAACUCAUUGACGUUAGGGGAAUCUCAAGAAAAAGCUUGGAGAAGGUUCAUCAGUCUUGAACGACGACUAGCAAAAAAUGAUGUUUUGCGGAAACAAUAUGUCCAGUUUAUGGAAGAGUAUGAGCGAUUGGGUCACAUGACUGAAGUAAACUUGGAUUCCAUGUUGACUCCAAGAUAUUUCAUUCCUCAUCAUUGCGUACUAAAACUAGAUAGUACAAUUACUAAACUUCGAGUGGUGUUUGACGCAUCAGCCAAAACUACAUCUGGACACUCGUUGAUUGAUUUAAUGUAUAACGGACCGACAGUUCAAAGUGAACUCUUUUCAAUUCUGCUCCGUUUUAGGCGACCACGGUUUGUUUUCACCACAGAUAUCGAGAAAAUGUAUCGUCAAGUUUUCAUAAAUCCUGAAGAUCGACGCUAUCAACUUAUCAUUUGGAGAAGCAGUCCAAAUUCUACGAUUCGUUAUUAUCAGCUAAACACAAUUACAUAUGGAACUCGAGCAGCUCCUUACCUAGCAACAAUAUGUCUGCAAAAGAUAGCAUUAGAAAAUAAGGUGAAUUAUCCAUUAGGUGCUUAA